UUCUUUGGUAGACUUGUUGAAGUGUUGUUUGGAAAAGGAUCCUAACCUACGGGCGGGAGUUGGAGAUUGUCUCCACCAUGCUUUCUUGGAAAAAGCGCGAGAACAACGYAUCCGGGAACUCGGUCCUGAAUUCGAAAGUUCGUUGAGCGUUAUUCAWAUUAGCGAAGAGGACAUACGGAUGGCCUUUCGAACUGUCACAAGUGUUCCSGGUCAAAUCAUGCGGWCUGCUAGCAAGAAAAUACAAGAAGGACUGGCGCACACUCGAGAGAACCUGAGAGCACGUAUCCCUUCGUUGGCAUCAACCAAUAAUUCAGGAGACGAACAAAGUACCGCCUCGAAGAAUAACAUCAAUAUGAGUGCUACGAUCAGCGACCCUAAUAACGGAAACAGCAUCUCAACUAACAAGCACAGCAAUCAUGUUGUAUUUUACAGUCGGCAGGCAUCGGGCGACUCAAUUAAUUCACUCCCUUUUUCCGAUAAAAAGGAAAAACUCAAAUAUGGAAGCAAAUCCGACGCAAUGKCUGAUGCCAAUAGAAUAGUGAUUCGUAAAAAUGGAAACGAAUCCGAAACGGAUACCCAUGUAAGUCGUCUAUCGUCUGGAAUCUCACUUGGGAGCACUGGUACCGAUGACCUGCCCACGAAAGAAAUGUCUUCGCGAGUAUCGUUCGGAAGUAGCAACGCCGACGAUUUAGACAUGAUGCGCUUGGAAGAAAACGGUGAUCAAAAGGACGAUAAUGCCGAGGAGAGAGGCGAAUGCCCUGGUAGCAAUGACAAACACGAACAAAGCAAAAUAUCAAAGGGAUCCUUGAAGAAUUCUCAUUUCGUUUCUUCCAAUGAUCUCCAAGAAAUAGCAAAAAAGCAUUCAACGAUUUACAAGCCAGAGGAUCACCCGACGACGGUGUCACGUACAUACAAUGAUUUCCCAAGURUCUCAACUGCCUGCCUCUCUGAAGAAGGGAUUGCAUUGGAUCAGGAUGAAGAAAACGAUGUAAAUUUAGGAUGUUUAAUUCAAUAACGAUUCACUCUAUUUUUCACUCUAUUCUCUUCGAUUCUUCUUCUAUGAUCAAUCGAAUCAUUUAACAUUGAGCCCCCCACUAAUUGAUUUUUUUGCUGCCUCUCUUUCGUCAAACAUGGAGAUUCUAAGAAGAGUACUUUUUAUCAUCGAUCGUCAAUCAGAUCGUCGAAUCCCAACUCGUACAAACUAUUUGCGCGAGAAGCCUCCUGAAGAGGCGCUGGUUUCGAUGGCGGUUUCUUGUCAGUGUCAACAUCAUUGCUAUUGUUUAACGGAUUUGAAGAAUCACCAAUGAGAUCAUUGAAUCCAAAAACGCCCAAACUGGUUUCACGAGCUCCUCUCGUUAGAUGUUGUGGCUUUAGAUCCCCGGGUUCCAAAAAAUCAAUUGAUGUCGUUCGACCAUCCAUAGAUAAUGGUUCUAGGUUAGCUGCUUCAGGCACAGGGCUUCCCAAACGAAUAUCUUCGGUGGUUUUUUGUAUUGCUUGCAUGUCUCGGUUAAAAACUUCAGGGGCAUACUGUUGUUUCAGCCGGUUUGAGGUUGCACUUUGGUCCCGGCUCAAGGUUGCUCGUUUUAAUUUAUGAGGUUUUGAUUCGAAGGUUUCAUUUUGAUUGGAAGUGUCUCUUUUCACCAUUCCCGGACGAGGGAGUGCAUCGUUAUGAUUUGAUUGUUGUCCUCGUGAUGGACUCGUAUCCGCACCGGURUAUGCUUGCGGAUCGUAUUGUGGUGGAUAUGGAUUGUAAUUUGGAUGCCCAAAAUCUCUUGGUGGAGGUGGUCCUCCUCCAUCUGACCAGCUCCUGUUGAUAUUCAUUGUGUUGAAAGGUGGACUAGAUGUAUUGCUGUUGGCGGGUGAUGGAACCUGCCGAUAAUGUCCUCCCAUAGUUCCCAUUGAAUCGCCACUCUGCUGAUACCCAAACCCAGGGUGAGUUACAAGUGGUGGCGGCGGCGGAGGUUGAUUCCAGAAACCAGACCCUCUUGAAUCGAAGGUAGCUGAAGGAGCUGGGCGGUUGACAAUUGCUCCGGGCAGUGGAUUAAGAGAAAAUGAAUGCUCGCGUCCAGAUCCUCCCGCGUUCCAGCUCCCCGAUCGUUGAUGGCGGGCACCUCGGGGAGAAGGCGGAACGGGGAACGUAAAGCUCCCGGACCUCUGAUGCAUCAAACCGCCUGGUGGUGGUGGCGGUGGUGCGCCUGGAAACUGUUGAAAAGACGAAGAACCCCAGCUCUGAAUGCUACUGGUAGAGAACUCUCGUCUCGGCUCCCCGGAAGCCACUCUUCCGUGGUAAUCCGGAGGUGGUUGCUGCGCGAACGGUGGCCCGAUGCUUCCUCUGCUCGAACUCCUUCCAGGAGGAAGAACGAUGCCUGGUAGAGAACCUAGCGAUCCGAUAGACAUAUCUCUCCCUCCGCUGUCUUUGACCCAAGUGAAACCUUCUAUAUCCAAGCUCUCGCCCUUACCCAAAUACUCUCUUCCGAAAGUGUGAUCUCUGCGUACAAUAUCUGGUCUCUUCACUUUACCUUUUUUGUUUCCUUUUGCCGCCGUCCCUUCGGCAUUCGCAUCGCCGUUGGAAGCAGAUUCCUAUAAAUGUGCGGAAACAAA